CUGCAGCAGAAAAUCCCGAGGCCGGAAAAGAACAUGACGGGCUUUCGUCUGUGGAAGCUGAAGCCCUUCCAUCGACGGAAAUUCCUCAGCCUGAUGACCCCGCUAUUGAGCCUCAAUCCGAUGUAGAAGAAGUUCCAAAUGUUCCCCAGCAGAAACGCAGAAAAAUGCUGACAGACCUUACCGAGGACCAGGAACAGACUAUGGUUGAAUGGCUUAGCGCACAUCCACUCCUUUACAUCAAAAAGCUAAAGGGGUAUAAAGAAACCCAGAAGAAGGAAUAUCUCUGGAGGGAACAGGCCAAUCUGCUUGGUAAAGAUGUUGACGUCAUCAAAACCUGGUACAGUAGCAUUCGGACAAGGUAUUGGCGGCUAAAGAAAACGCGAUCCGGUGCUCCAGAUGAGGAACUGACAGAAAGGGACAGUUGGAUCCUGCGUGAGUUUGGUUUCCUGCAGCCCCAUUUCAUUGAAGUCAAAAAGCGCACCGCUGUUAGUGUAAGUAGAUAACCAAACAUUCAUUAUAGGGUUGAAAUUAUGUCAUAUGUUUGAGUGUUGAUGCCUUUGGA